AUGACGUUGCGCCCGCACCGCGUCCAAACAGUGCAGCAUGUGCGUGAUGUCACUACACCACCCCAAGGCGCUUAUGGUGGCUUGGCGGCGUCACUGGAAGAAGCUCCAUUUUGGAGCUCCUUUUUGGGCCGGAUCAUUGUUGUGGCCAUGAGAGUAGAGUGGGUCGGCUCUCCGUGUGGCUCGCACGGGCCCUACACCUUCUACAAGGCUUUCCAGUGCCGCCGCCGGAGGGAAGCCCGGGCCCGGAUCCUGUCCCUGGGAGACUUCUUCUUCGUCCGCUGCAAAGCCCAGGACCCCGUCUGCGUCGCCGAGCUCCAGCUCCUCUGGGAGGAGAGGACUUCCAGGCAACUUCUCUCCAGCUCCAAACUUUACUUCCUCCCGGAGGAUACUCCCCAAGGAAGGGGCAGCCAACACGGAGAGGAUGAAGUUAUCGCUGCUUCAGAGAAGGUAACAGUGAAGCUUGAAGAUUUGGCAAAAUGGGCUCAAGCAGACUUCUCCAAAUGGAAACGUGGACUCCGGGGUGAAGCCAUUGCACCCACAGAACUAGGAAAGAAUGGGCAAAAGGAAGCACUGAGUAGGUUCAGGCAAUCCACACACAAUAGCGGCCUCAACUUUAAAGACAUUUUGAAGGAAAAGGCUGACCUUGGUGAGGACGAUGAAGAUGCAAAUGUCCUGAUCCUCAGCUAUCCUCAAUACUGUCGCUACCGUUCCAUGCUGAAACGCAUCCAGGGCAAGCCAUCUUCUGUACAAGUGGACCAGUUUGUGUUAGCCCUUGGGGGCAUUGCUGCAAUUAGCAAGAACCCACAGAUACUCUACUGUCGAGAUACAUUUGAUCACCCAACUCUUGUUGAAAAUGAGAGCAUAUGUGACGAGUUUGGUAAGUCAUUUUUAUUCUUGUAUUGUUGCAAGUUAAAAACCAUUUUGCUGUUGAAAUUGCUUCUGUUUUUUUCCAAGUCAAAGGCAAGAAUAAUGGAUAAACCUUUCUAAAAUAGCAAAGCCACAUAUAAGUCAAUUGUUGAGUGCCUGCGAUAUUCCAUCUUCACUCAGAGAUCAAGGAUGCAUCUGUGAUUGUUUUCAGUCUUCUUGUUUUUAAAUGGCUCUUUAUCACAAUUAAAAUACUCUCUUCAGAAAGACCUGUACUUUAUCAUCUUUUUUUAUGUAACUUAUACCUCAUUUUUCUUCUAUAAAAGAAAUUCAAGAUAGCUCAGUUACUUACUGUAAACUGAAGAUAUAUUUGUUUAGAUGUAUUGUUGUUAAAAAUGUACAUACUGACAACUGUGACUCCACUUUUUUGUACUACACAACUUUUUAUUUAUUGGAAUGAUGUCCCAAAGUCUUCCAAACUAAAACUCAGUUGCUGCAUUCUUACAAAGCUAAACACAUACAGCUGUGUAUGUUGCUGAGCAAUGCUUGCACAUCUCCAGUUGUUCCUGUUGCUGAAGAGGCAAGCAAGAUUUUAAUUUACCUUUCAGGUCUUAUACUGUAAAGUAAAGUGAGUAGCAUUUUGGCAUUUUGUUGGAAACUGUCUAUAAAUCUCUGGCACUUUAGCCAUUCCCACUGUUGUUUUUAUUGUGCUUUUUUGUCAGAAAACAUUUCAAGGGCCUUAGUGGAAGAGCCUUCAAGGUUUCCUUUCAGUCUUUGCUAAAGAGGAUGGUCCUGUCACAUGGUUGCUUAUAAGUUGUAGUAUUUCUUUUUUAUUUUCAUGGAAGAACACAGUCUUAAUGAACAUACAGCUCCCAUGUUAUAUUGCUCAUGCAACAGGCCAGUUCUUUGAGCAGCUGAAGUGAGUUCCAGCUUACAAUCAACACAGUAGUGCUUUAAAAAUUUGCUGUGACUACAGUCAUUAAACUUCCUAUUCUCUGGGAUUUCUGUUUGUUUCAGUUGACAGUAUUCAGGUAUGUGUUUAAGGAUUUCAUUCUUAUUCACUUGAUGGAGAUUUUAGAUUUGUGGCACUGAAGAGGCUAUGAGACUCAGUUCUAGGCAAGAGAACUGUGAGGCAUCCUUUCACUAAUUAUAAUAAGGAUGUGGAAUGCUAUGGUGACUGAGAGCAUUUCAGGAUAAUGCAUUGUAGAAUUUAGUCCAUAAAGGUCUUUUCCAAAUUAACCAAAGUACCUGAGAGGUACAUAAUGAAAUGAACUUCAAAGUAUGUAUUUCUGUCUCUGGACAGUGAUGAUAAUUGGUGUAAUGUAAUUUCCUCAGCUUGUAUCCA